GCCCUGGAGACAGAAGGGACAGAGAGGAGUCAGGACAUUAGUUUAGGCACAGCCCCACAGAUUAUAGUCAGUAUAGUGCCUAGACAGCCAAGUCUAAAGGCCAAGGAGGAAGAAGGGCAGGACCCAGACCACUUCAAUUCCAGCUCCUCCAGGACCUCAGAGAAAGCAGGCCUAGGCUCUAGGGCUGCUGCUUCCCUUCAGCUCAUCUCUAAGCUCCCCCCAAUCUCCCUUUACGGGACGUCACAGUGUUCUGCAUCCUGCUCUGGCUCAGUCCUUCCUCGUGACUCACUUUCCUAUGUGCUGGCCUGGCCCUCCCGCUUCAUUUCCUCUGGGUUCUUUAUCUGACACUUUUCCUCCACCCAUGGCUUCUGCCUGGCAGGAUCCCCACCCUCUCUUGGACACAGACCAGAGCACUUCCCCCUGAGGUCUGGCUCCUCCUGGGGACCUUGCCCCCAUAGCCUCAAAGUGCCUUUUCUACAUCAGAAAAGCAAGAGCCCAGCUUGCCUCAUAAAGACCCAGACCCACACCACCAUAGGGCAGGGGGCUGAGGAAGGCUACACUUUAAUAACCUAGCACUAGACGGCCACCGAUGUGCCAAGGUUGUGGACAGGGAAGCAGCCCUAUGGCAGAGCACUGUGCUGCUGAGCCCACAGUCUGUCAAGACAACACUGAGUCCCGUUGUUUCCCCUUAGCACAGCUGGGGCUGCGAUACCAUUCAUGAUCACACAGCUGAUCAGAGGUGGGAAACCCACUAGAGUUGGCUCAACAGCCAGGACAGGGGUUGCAAGUAUGGUGGCCCAUCUGUGACAAAAGGGGUGAGUCCGCUGGGGGCGCCCCACAUUGGAGCCUCCCACAGGAGGAGGGAAUAAGAUGGGAGUGGCUGACGCUGGGCUGCCAGGCCCUGGCUAACUUGUUUGUAGUCAGGGGUGCAGAUAAACGGAAAGUGAUACCCAGUCUGGUCCCCCUGACCUUAGACCUCCCUCACCCCAAUAAUGCCCCUACCAACCACCCCCCCAACUGCCCCCAGUGGGGGGCAAUUCACAGCAAGCUCACACGUCCUGACCCCGCCCACAGAGGGUCCCCAAAGGAGGCCAGAAGGGAAGGACAGGAGCAUCAUGGGAGCAGCAGGGCACUGGCCUGCUGGAGUGAGGGAUAGAGUAAGGAGCUCAGCAGCCACACUGAGGUUCCAGCUGUGAGGAGGGCAGUGCUCCUUCCCCAAGUUUGUAUUGCUCUUCCAAGAAAACUUCAAGUCACCCCUGGCAUGCCCCCAGCGCCUUGGGAGGAGCAGCCCUGUACAGGCAUGGGGCUGCUCCCCGUUAACACACCCUCCACAUCCUUCCCCACCAUUCCUGUGGCCUGGCUAAUGACGGCCUGUCAUCCGGCAGGCAGAGGGGGAGGGGAGGCUGAGUCACCCACCCCAGCAGGUCUCUCUCUCUUCCCCAGCAGUUGUUCCAAAAGUCGCCUUUCAAUUAGCACUACCUGCCUGGGCUCCUCCCAGAGACAUCUGAGGCUCUGGGGCCGGGCAGGCCUGCUGGGGUCAAGGUGGCAGAGCCUUGACCAGAAAGGAAGUAACCUGAUGACACAUCGAGCCGGCCUGGCCCCAGAGGAAUCUGAAGCGUCCUACUGCCCUGGGGUGUUGGUCACAGCUGCCCCAAUCCCAGCCUGCGGAUGCUGCAAUUACCUCAGAGCAUGAAACCGGCUUCCCACCUGACUGAGUCAGCUGAAAACAAAACACAGCUCUACCACACGCUGGCACAAACAGCCAAGCCACUAAUCAGAGUCCCCAGAUGCUGGCAGAGAGAGCACAGCCCUACACUGGCCAGGAGAUCGGCACACGCCAGGAACCACCGGAGCACAGCCCUACACUGGCCAGGAGAUCGGCACACGCCAGGAACCACCGGAGAGAAGGUAGACAGGGGCCCAGCUGCUGCCUGCUGUGGAAGGAGAGCUGCUCCUGAGGGAAGGCCAGCCCUGCACACCAGCCCUCGGCCCUGUAUUGUCCUGCUUUGCUCAGUAGGAACUCCCAACGCUCUGAUCUCCUGGACAAAUCUUCCUCCUGUUAGUCUCGCUUCCAAGGCGGAAAACCAAGGCCCACCCUGAGAAACCCACAGCCUCUGCUGGUAGCCUUUGAAGGGUGUGUUCCUGGCAUUUGGCGCUCGAGCAAAUGGUCACUUGCUGAGCCCCUCUGUGGGGCUUCUCAGAUGCCAGACCCACUGGAUAACUGACUCUCGGAGCUCCAUGGAGACUUGGCGAAAAGGCUCUUUCCGCAAUGCCUCCUUUUUCAAGCGAAUGACCCUGGGGCGGCCAAGGCGACUUCGGCGACAGGGCAGCAUACUUAGCCAGGCCAGCACUGCUGGCGGUGACCACGAGGAGUACAGCAACCGAGAAGUUAUCCGGGAACUGCAGGGGAGGCCAGAUGGCCGGCGGCUGCCGCUGUGGGGAGAUGAGCAGCCCCGGGCCACCCUGCUGGCCCCACCCAAGCCCCCACGCCUCUACCGAGAGAGCUCCAGCUGCCCCAACAUUCUGGAGCCCCCGGCGACCUACACUGCUUCCUACUCGGCCACCUUGCCCUCAGCCAUCUCCCUGACAGGACCCCUCCACCAGUGCUCAGAGGAGGGCCUUUUGGACACUCCCCAUUUCCCGAGGACACCUACUCCGGACCUCAGUGACCCUUUCUUCUCCUUCAAAGUGGACCUGGGGAUUUCACUUCUGGAGGAAGUUCUACAGAUGCUGAAGGAGCAAUUCCCCAGUGAGCCCCACUUCUGACCCUGGUGAGGGAAGAGAGAACUGGGGAGACGGGAGGAGUGGAGCCUGUGGGGUGGAAGGUACAGUGUGGAUUAAAGAACAGGCGGGGACAGGAAGCCACAGUCCUGCCUGUCCUCUGGCUGCUGACCAAUCCUCCAAGUCACCCAGAGUGAAGGCACAGAAGCCAGCUGGGAAUGUAUGGGGCCACUUUGUGACAGGAGCCCUGAAGGAAGCUGGAGAGGCCAGGAAAAGGAAGCCCCAACCUGCAACCACAGGAACCAGUCAGAGGUCAGUGGAGAUGGGGUGGCAGAGGGGCGAGUCAGGGAGUAGGACUCAGACUGGGCAGGACAGUGCCUGCACCAGCCUCCAAUCCACUGUCAUCAGGGAAGUCACAGGCCACAUCUAGGAAGAAGCAGUCUGAGAGUAAAGGAGAGGUGGGAGGCCAGAGAGGGACAGGAAUAGACAAGUCACCACUGACUUCAUGACUGGUAAAGUUAAUGUAGUAAAAGCAAACUGAAGAUGCGGUUCCAGAGGCUGGGGAAUGGCUCAGAGGACAAAGUGCUUGCUGUGCAAGCAGGAGGACCAGGGCUCAGACCUUCAGUACCCACACUGAAAAGCUGGGCAGGUGUGCCAGCCACCUGGAAUUUUAGGGUUAGGAUGGGGAAAGGAGGGGUCCCAGGAGCUGGCUGACUGGUGAGACUAGCCAAAUCUUCAGACUCCAGGUCCAGAGACCCUGCCUCAGUAAAUAAAAAGUGACGAUCAAGAAAGACACCUGAGAUCAACCUCUGUCCUAUAAGCGAGCGCGCACGCACACACACAUCAUACAGAUACAGACACAAAAGAAAGAAAAAUUCAGUUACUUUUCACCCUAGGCAAUUUUUGUUUGUUUUUGAGACAAGGUCUCACAUGUAGUGAGUGCCCUUAAACUCGUCCUCCAACCUCCGCCUCUGGAGUCACACCUAGGUUGUUUUAUGUGGUACUGGGGAUGGAAUCCAGGACUUCAUGCAUGCUAAACAAGUACUCUACCAAAAACGAGCCACAUGCCAGCCCUCUACCCACAUUUUAAAGAUGUUUUUAAAAAUUAUUUUUGAUUGUUAAUUGUGUGUGUGUGCACACAUGCAAGUGUCUGCAGGUGCCUGCAGAGACCAAAGGUGUUCAAUGCCCCUGGAGCUAGAGCUACAGGAAAUUGUGAGCCACCUGAUGAGGGGGCUAGGGAUGGAACUCAGGGCCUCUGGAAAAGCUGUAUGUUCUUAAUUGCUGAGCCAGCUCUCCAGCCCCCUUAGUCACAUUUUAAAUCAGCAACCACAUCUGACUGAUGGCUACCAUACUGGACAACAGAACGUAAACACUGGCAUUGACAGACCAACAUUUACUGGACUGUGCUGGCCAGACGCUAGUGCGUAAGGAAAGGAAGAGGCCAGCUCUGGGCUGCAAGUGCAGAAGUAGGCAGAGGAAAAUGGAGGGGAAAGGUCCAGCAUCAUUAGCAAAACAGAGAGCAUGAGACUCAAGCUGCCCACAGAUCUGUGAGCAAUCAAUCCCUGUGUGUGGGGAAGCAGCUCUGGGAAGCACUGGGUAUGGGAGGUUCUGGCAAUGGCUGCAAGAAAAGCAGCCUUCCUUCCAGCAGAGUGGGUGGAUACCCUGGCCAGGGAAAGAAUGAUGCACCAAAGAGGCACCAGAGUCCUCCCACAGGCCGGGGGUGGGGGGGAGCUCUGCCUUGCCUCAAACAGACCAAGGCUACCAUCUGUGCUACUAUCCUGCCCUGUGGCUUGGUCAGAUCUGAAUCCAGAGCCCAGAAGCACUGGACCUGGCCUCCAGGCCACUCAAAGCGUGAAACAGGGUAGAAGGAAGCUGUGACACGCUGCCUCCACAAAUCCACAUCUAUGACAUCUCUUUCCUGCUCCUGUGCAGAGGGGCCCAGCUGCAAGGCUCCUCUGGACACAGGAGGCAAUGAAUAAAGGUUUUUCUAAUGUAA